CCCAUAAUAACGCAAAAUCACACAACACAUUCAUCACAAAAUCAUAACAAAAAGAUCAAAGAACCAAAAACAAAGCAUAAACACACAAAAAAAAUACCACAAUAUGGCUAGUGAUGGAAGUGAAGAGUUCAAGUUGGUGUCACCAUCAAUAGCAAAAGAAGGAAGAAUACCAAGACAAUACACGGAUGAAGGACAAGGAGCAAAGAAAAAUAUAUCUCCACCUUUGGAAUGGUACAACCUACCAAAAGGGACAAAAACUCUUGCAAUUGUGGUGGAGGAUAUUGAUGCACCCGACCCAGAUGGUCCAAUUGUUCCGUGGACACACUGGGUCGUGGUGAAUAUUCCUGCAACAAUAAAGGGAUUGCCCGAGGGAUUCUCGGGCAAAGAGGAAGAGUUGGGUGGUGAGUAUGCCGGGAUCAAAGAAGGGAACAACGAUUGGAAACAGCCGGGAUGGCGCUGUCCUAAGAUGGAUACACAUGGUCAUAGGUUGCAGUUUAAGCUCUAUGCUUUGGAUGAUGAGCUUCACCUUGGUAACAAGGUGACCAAGGAGAAAACAUUGGAUGCAAUAGAAGGGCAUAUGCUAGGAGAAGCGACCUUGAUGGCUACAUUCUAAUUAAUAAUGUGAUGUAAAAACUUACCCUAUAUUGUACCAAAAAAGAAAAACUUAAACUACUAGUAUACAAUGUGUCUUUGGCUUAUGUACCAUUUUGAAAUGUGAAAUCCAAUUAGAGAAGGACUUUAUCAAAUCCUACUACACUGUAGUUUUGUCUAAUUGCAAAUUUGGAAGACAAUUUCUUGUGUGAAUGAUGUUAGCAUGCAUUUUCUUCUUAUUUAUAUUGCUCCAAUUAUUAAGAUUA